UGUCAGCCCGCUCUGAGGCGACGAGGACGCGCCUCAGCCCGCCCUGAGGCGGCGGCGGCGGGGCCGCUGUGUCGCGACAUGGGGGACGACUUGGCGUCGGAAAGCGACACCCUGCUUCAGUCAGAGAAGGAGUUCCAUGAUGCGGCGAAGCGAAAUGAUAUAGCCAGGAUGGAGGAGCUCAUCAGGAGAGGAGUUGACAUCAAAGCCAAAAACAAUGCGGAGCGGACUGCCCUGCACUGGGCUGCGGGAGCAGGGAGCGUGGAUGCUGUGCGGCUGCUCCUGGAUCACGACGUCCCUGUGGAUGACGAAGACACUGUACAAAGGCGAUCUCCCUUGCAUUUUGGAAUGAAUGCUCUUCUCCUCUCUGCCUGGUUUGGCCACCUCCGUGUCCUGCAGAUCCUUGUCAAUGCUGGGGCCAAGAUUAACCGUGUCAAUAGGAAUGGCAGGAACCUGCUUCACUGUGCAGCUCAGAGGGGCCACAUCCAGGUCAUGGAGUUUAUCAUGGAGGACUUGGAGGACAUGUGUGUGGAUGAGACAGACAAGAUGGACAGGACAGCGUUUCACCUGGCCGCAGAGUACGGGCAGCUGGAGGUGGUGGAGUUCCUCAUUCGACUGGGUUGUUCUCACAGUGCCAAAGACAAGGAAGAAAAUACAGCAUUGCAUUUAGCUGCUAAAAAUGGACACCUCUCUGUGCUGGAGAAGAUUAUAGAUGUUGGAGUGGACUUUGAUGAAAAAAACUCAGAAGGACUCACGGCUCUGCACCUGGCUGCUGAGGGGGGACACAGCCACUGUGUGAAGCUGCUCGUGGAAGUGGGUGCUGAUGUCAAUGCCCAAACCCAGAAAAAGAUGAACUGCCUUCAUUAUGCGGCACUGCACGGCUAUGAGGAGAUAGCCAGGAUCCUCAUGGAUGCAGGAAUCCACACGGAUGCCCUCAAUCAUCAAAAUGCAUCAGCAAUGCACAUUGCAGUCCGGCAGAACUUCCCAGCCAUGAUGAAGCUCUUCAUCAGUGCAGAGUGUGACCUUGACAUUCCAGAUAAUAGGCAGCAGACCUCACUCCACAUCGCUGCAGAGCACGGCAGGCAGGACAUUGCUGAGAUGAUUCUCAUUGCAGGAGUUAAUCUGAAGCUAACAGACAAGCAAGGGAAAACAUCUCUGGAUGUUGCUGCCCGAGGCAAUCACAUCAUCUUGGUGGACAUGAUUAUCAAAGCUGAUCGAUUUUACAAUUGGCAGAAGGACAACCUGAACAGUGACUCUGGCUCAUGGGUGGCAAAGCACUUGACCUUUAAGCAGGAUCACAGGCUGGAAACACAGCACAUUCGCUCAGUCAUGUGGAGAUUAGCCACUAAGUACCUCAAACCCGGGGAAUGGAAGAAGCUGGCACACUACUGGAAAUUCACAGAUGACCACAUUAGGGCCAUUGAGCAACAAUGGACAGGCACUAAAAGCUACAGGGAACAUGGCCACAGAAUGUUGCUGAUCUGGCUCCAUGGUGUGAUCACUGCAGGAGAAAAUCCAAUCAAGGGACUGUAUGAAGGCCUGGUGGGGAUUGGGAGAAGAGAUUUAGCAGAAAGUAUCAGGAAAAAAGCAAAUGCAGACUCCACCUCUCCACGAAAGUGCACGGCCAUGUAACACCAGGAGCAUGCUCAGCUGUUCUCACAGCCACAGGAGAAACACUUCUGUGCUGCUGAGAGAAGACAGAUGCAACUUAAGGGCUUCUUGCCACAAACUGCUGGCAUUGCUGCACCCUUCUGGACAGGAAAUGACAAGGGUAAAGCAAAUGCUCAUGGUCAAAAACAUCUCUACACAGAAGGGAGGUUUUUUUAUCAGCAAUUUCAAAUGGUUGGGGCACUGUAAUGAGUUUGGUGAGUGAGCCUUACUUGUCAUACUGCAUCAGGAAAUUACAGUCUUACUGUAACUUGUCUACAGCACAUUUUUCUACAUAAAUUUUCAGUUGUCAAUUUUUUAAGUUAAUGAGGGCAAAGGCUUUGUUCUCAGGAAUGGUCUUUACCUUAUUUGUGGGGAGUGUCUCAUGUCUUAGGCAUGUCCAUACAUUCCCUCCAUAAGAGGAGAACGUAAGCAAAAUCAAAACUACUCUUUGGUCCUUUUGGAACUUGAGGGGUUGUGAUCUUUAAUGCUUUGAAUCUUCACAAAAACUUUGAGAAGAAUAUUAACAUAUGCUGUUUAUAAAUGUAUAUUAACAUGUAUGUUUAUAAAUCAAAUAGGUGAUUCUGACCUUUUCAAAACAUCUUUUCACUUAUCAAGUAAUCCUUCAUACUUAUUUUUUACAGCAUCUCAAGGGGAAAAUAAUGUCUGUAUUUCAAUAAAUCCAGAAUUUACCCUUUAAAGUUGCAAGUUA